AUGCGAUCCCUCAUCACACUCUCGGCCCUCGCCAUUUCUAGCGCUUGGGCCCAUGUCAUCAUGGUUGAGCCUCACCCCUUCAACCUCGACACCGCACCCUUCGUGCAGGUCGAUCCUCUCGGCCCCGACGCCCCCUUCCCUUGUCAAGGCCGCACCCAGCACCCCGAGGAGGUUACCAAGGUGACUGCCGGAACCACCCAAAAGGUCAAGUUCUGGGGCAGCGCUGUUCACGCCGGCGGAUCGUGCCAGUUCAGCAUCUCGCACGGCAAGGAUCCCUCCAAGGACGUUAAAGGCUGGCGAACCAUCUACUCCAUCAUCGGCGGAUGUCCAGCCGAAGCCCAAGGCAACAUCCCCAGCAUCGCCAAGGACCCCCAGGGUCGUGAGCACGGCCCCGAGUGCAGCAACGACAGCGGCAAGGAGUGUAUUCGCGAGUUCGACAUCCCGAUCCCCAUGGACAUGCAGAACGGCCCCGCCGUCUUCGCCUGGACUUGGUUCAACAAGCUUGGAAACCGAGAGAUGUACAUGGUCUGCGCUCCUAUUGAGGUUGUGGGAGGAAAAGACGACAGUUCAUUCGUCGACACUCUGCCUCCUCCCUUUGUCGCCAAUAUUCCAGGACAGUGCACCACAGGCCAGGGCGUUCUCGGAUUCCCUGAGCCUGGUGAUUUUGGCAAGGUUCUUGAGCCUGCGAGCCACGAUGAAUCUAGCAAGUGUCCUGCCGCCGCCGACCCCAACUUCAAGGAACCUGCUGGCGGAGACGCUGCCCCCAAGCCUGAGAUUCCUUCGAAGCCUGCAUCGUCAGUAGCGGCUCAACCCAGUGUACCUGCUCCCGAGAAGCCCAGUGAGGGGGGUGAUGUUAUCUUCAUUACUGCUCCCACUGGUGCGACCAGCGCCGCCGGUGCUCCUACCCAGCAACCUGUUGCACCCUCUGCCGGUGAAUCAGCCCCCAUCGCUUCUUCUGUUAAUAAGCCAGCUCCUUCCAGCCAGCCUGCUGCCAGUGCCCCAGCCCCAGUCCCAUCUACCGACGACUCUUCCUCCGGCAGCAACCGUCCCUGGUGGGCUGUCGGCAUGGAGCCCUGCCCAGUGCCUGGACAGCUCGUGUGCAUGUCACCGACCUUCUUCGGCCUGUGCAACCGCGGCUGGGCUCUGCCUCAAGCUGUGCCUCAGGGAACAAAGUGCCUCGAUGGCCAGAUUGUCGUGGACGUGUGA